AUGGCAUGUUCAUUGUUUAUAGCAAGUAUUAUAGUUUUCUUUUUUGUAUCUUAUACAUACGGACAACAGUGUGAACAAACGUUGAAUGCAGCUCGGUUCAAUUGCUAUCCUGAAAAGAAUCCAACACAAGAAAAAUGUCUUGCGCGAAAUUGUUGUUGGCGAUCGCCUAAUCAAAGAUUUAAUUCGAGUGAUUUUAGCGAUGUGAAUGUUCCGUUUUGUUAUUAUCCAUCAGAUUUUCCAAAUUAUGAAGUAAUAUCCAAUGAACCGACAGAUUUCGGCCAACGAAUUCGAAUAUUUAAAUCACAAAUGACAUAUAUGCCACAUGAUAUUCUUAAUCUAACAGUUGAUUUUAUCUAUGAAACCGAACAACGACUUCGUAUUCGAAUCUAUGAUUCAGUAUUUAAACGAUACGAAGUUCCACUAAAAGUACCCGUUGUAGAAAAGAAAGCUGAUCCAACUGACUAUGAAAUUGUAGUAAAAUCAAAACCGUUUUCAAUACUUGUUACUCGCAAAUCAACUGGUAUGAUAUUGUUCGAUUCCAGUGUAUCACCGCUUAUUUUUGCUGAUCAAUUCAUUAAAAUUUCCACUCGAUUAUCAAGUCCAUUAUUGUAUGGUCUUGGCGAGCAUCGGCAAUCAUUAUUAAUAAAUAUAACCGAAAACUGGCAAAGAUUAACAUUUUACACUCGUGAUUUUCCACCGCUAGAAAACAUUAAUUUAUAUGGCGUUCAUCCAUUUCAUAUCAAUCUUGAAAGAACACCAGAUAAUCAAACGAAGGCUCAUGGGCAAUUUCUCCUUAACUCCAACGCCAUGGAUGUUGAUCUUCAACCGUUGCCUGCUCUCACCUAUACAACAAUUGGUGGAAUUAUAGAUUUAUAUAUUUUAACUGGGCCAACUGCGCACAAUGUAAUUGAACAAUAUUGGGAUGUGAUUGGAAAACCGACGAUGCCACCAUUUUGGUCAAUUGGGUUUCACCUUUGCCGCUGGGGAUAUAAUAAUACUGGGAAUUUAUUAGCAAUGAUUCAAAGAAUGCAUGAUGCUGAGUUUCCAUACGAUGUUCAAUGGACUGAUAUUGAUGCCAUGUCAUCUCAUCUUGAUUUCACAUAUGAUAAUAAAAACUUCAAUGGUCUACCAGAUCUUGUUCGUGGAUUGCAAUCGGAUGGAAAACACUAUGUGAAUAUUAUCGAUCCAGGUAUCAGUUCAAGUCAACCCACUGGUACUUAUUUUCCUUAUGAUGAUGGAAUAAAACGAGGUAUUUUCAUCAAGAAACUUGAUUCUACUGAUCCAAUCUUAGGACAAGUUUGGCCUGGAAUCACUGCAUUUCCUGAUUUUACAAAUCCGGACACAGUCGAAUGGUGGACAAAUAUAGCUGCAACUUUUCAUGAAACAAUUCCAUUUGAUGGAAUGUGGAUUGAUAUGAAUGAACCGUCGAGUUUUAUAGAUGGAUCAAUUAAUGGUUGUACAACUUACUAUUUAGAUAAUCCACCAUUUGUUCCACAUGUACUCGGUGAUAGUCUUAAUUCAAAAUCGUUAUGUCCAUCUGCUCAACAAUAUCUUUCAUCUCAUUAUAAUCUGCAUAAUAUGUAUGGUUAUUUUGAAGCACAAGCAACAAAUCAAGCAUUGAAAACUAUUCGUAAACAGCGCCCAUUUGUUUUGUCUCGUUCAACUUUCGCUGGUUCUGGCCAAUUCACUGCACAUUGGACUGGUGAUAAUCGCGCCACAUUCAAUGAUAUGUACUUUUCUAUUCCAGCUAUACUGAAUUUCAAUAUGUUUGGCAUAACGCAUGUCGGUGCUGAUAUUUGUGGAUUUGGACUUGAUACAACUGAAGAAUUAUGUACAAGAUGGAUGCAGCUAGGUGCUUUUUAUCCAUUUAUGAGAAAUCAUAAUGAUAUUGGGCAACGGGAUCAAGAUCCAGCCUCAUUCUCAUGGGAAGCUCAACAAAUAAUGAAGCAAGCAUUAUUUAUGCGCUAUUCGCUUAUUCCAUUUUGGUAUACACUUCAUCAUCAAGCAACUAUGGAAUCAAGAACUAUUUUACAACCACUCUUCUUCGAGUAUAUAAAUGAUGUAAAUACGUAUAAUGUUGAUGAACAAUUCCUUCUCGGCCGUGCAAUACUUGUUUCUCCAAAUUUAAUUUCUGGAUCAGAUAAGGUUCAUGCUUAUUUUCCAGCAGACAUUUGGUAUGAACUUUCAUCGGGUGUUAAGCUACUUUCAAUUGGGCAAGUUAUUGUUUUGAAUGCCCCAAUUUCAAAACUUAAUGUUCAUGUUCGCGGUGGUUUUAUUAUUCCUAUGCAAAUUCCUGGCGCUAAUUUAGUUCUCGGACGAGGAAAUCCAUUUACGUUACUUGUUGCUCAGUCACAAUCGGGCGAGGCCAGUGGUAAUCUUUUCUGGGAUGAUGGAGAUUCACUAGAUUCCGUUGAAACUCAAACAUACAACUAUUUUGAGUUUACUCUCACAACUCCGAACACAUUAACCGUCAAUGCAUUGAUUACAAACUAUAAAGAAUCACCGAUGCGUUUGGAUCUUGUGAAAAUUCUCGGAAUAAACAAGCCUAUUACAAGUGUCACUGUAAAUGGAAAAGCCUAUUCUGAUUAUCUUUACGAUUUUCUUGAUCAAAUUCUACUGAUUCAUAGUCUUAAUAUAGAUAUGUUAGCUCAAUCUAGUCAAAUUAUUCAAUGGUCAACUUCGCAGUGA